GACGAAGCUUGUGUGAAUCUAGAGAUAAGAAAAAGUUAGAUAAACAUGUAUGCAAACGUAGAUUACUACACUAUUUCUUUUAAAAUGAUGACAGGGUUUUCAAAGUGGACAUUUCUAUUAGGAUUAGUAUUUUCGGGACUUGUACAGUGUACAGACUGUCCGGAUGGCUGGGUUGCCUAUGAAGGAUCGUGUUAUCUGUUUGGACAUGGUGUGACACAAACGUUUGUAGAGUCUGAGCAUUUUUGUCGUCAACAUCACAAUGGACAUUUGGUAGAAAUAGAUUCUAAGGCAGAAAACCUGUUCCUGAAGGAUUAUGUAAGAGGUUUUGGAGGACAUUGCUAUUGGAUUGGACUUUCUGAUGAGCAAAUUGAAGGCAACUGGAUUUGGUAUCAUAGUAAUACAACUCCGUUAUUCUUUGACUGGGGCCCCUCCCAACCAGAUCCCGGUAAUAAUGAGGACUGUGCUAUAUUCUGGGGACCAUUUGAUUACCUCUGGGGCGAUCUUGGAUGUGACUGGAAAUGUCAACCAGUUUGCAAGAUAAGCGGGGGAGAAACUGCUUCUAUUGUCGGCUAGUUCUUUGGAAGCAUAUUUGAAAAAGAAAUGUCAAACAACUGAAGUUCAAUAAAAUUGUAUGAUUAUUAAAA